CCCCACACAGCCCCCGGGGGGAGGGGGCCCAGAAUAGCUAGGGACGGCCUGGGUGAGGGGCCAGUCUAGUAGGGCCGCCCCUCCCUGCCCCAGCUCCCCCUCCCUCUAGGAGGGGCUCCGCAGUCCAGUCAGCCCAAGUGGAAGCAGCUCGGCUGGGCGGGGUGACCGCUGCUCUAUUAAUGCAGGGGCUGGCGGUGGCUUGGGCUGCCCUGUCCCCAUCCCUAGCAUGCAGUGCUCCCCGAGCCUGGUGCUCGCCCUCAGCUCCCUCCUGGGCGCCCUGGGCUUGCUGCUGCUCUGCCUCAACCUCCGCGCCCCGGCCAGGUACGGGAAACACCAGGAGAAGCCGGGCAAGCCCUGGGCCAGGCUGCCUGCCCGCUGCGCCUGGUUCCUGCAGGAGCUCCCCUCCUUCUUGGUGCCCGCGCUGCUGCUGGCGCUGCGCAGCCCGCCCCGCCUGGAGCCCCUGGGCUGCCGGCUGCUGUGCGGCAUGUUCUGCGGCCACUACUUCCACAGGACGUUUAUUUACUCAUUCUUCACGAGAGGCAGACCUUUCCCACUGCAGAUACUUCUCUUUGGCGUGCUAUUCUGUAUCUAUAAUGGUUUCCUUCAAGGGUACUACAUGAUUUACUGCGCUCAAUACCCAAAAGAUUGGUUCACUGACUUCAGAUUUACAUCAGGUGUUCUGUUGUUUUUGUUUGGCAUGGGGAUCAAUAUUCACAGUGACAUCCUGCUACGCCAGCUAAGGAAACCUGGAGACCAUACUUACAAGAUUCCACAAGGGGGACUGUUCACAUAUGUAUCUGGAGCUAAUUUCUUUGGUGAGAUAGUGGAAUGGUUUGGCUAUGCCAUAGCAACCUGGUCCAUACCAGCCUUUGCAUUUGCACUUUUUACACUGUGCUUCAUUGGGCCACGUGCUUAUCACCAUCACAGGUACUAUCUCAGGAUGUUUACAGACUAUCCAAAAUCAAGGAAAGCCCUGAUUCCUUUCGUUUUUUAAAGUCUGAAAAUGAGGACUCCUUUGUUUUUUAGGGGGGGUUACAUAGCCCAAUUGUAAACUGAGGUUUCACUGUAAAAAACUUGUGCAAAACAAUAUUGUUGGUUUAAAUGAUCAGUAAUGCAAUUCUGAACUAACACUCUUGUGUUUAACCACAGUAGGUACCACAGAUAACUUUACUUGGAGACACUGAGGUAGCUGAAUGUGCAAAGGGAGCCCUGCCAAACAAUGGGCAUGAUUGUUAAUGGAGUUACACCAAUGUAAAACUGAUGUAACCCUACUGAUGUCAAUGGAGUUACAUUGGUUUAACACCAGUGUAUCAGAGUAGAAAAUCAGGCACAAUAUCUGUGUUACCUCUUUAAACAAUAACUUUUCUACGGCUAGACUACUGCUAUUUCACCAUCAGGGAUCAUUAUGUUGUUCGUUAAAGCAUUCACAGCUACCUCAGGAUUUUUGUCUUGCAAAUCCAGAUUCUUUUCAGACAUGUAAAAGUUGUCCACCCUCUAUUGCUAUUCUUACAAAGACCAGAGGUGCUGAAAGUAGGACAAAAAUAAAAACCACAUAAGACAUCUUCUAGUGAUUGAAGAUGUUCUCUGUUGCCAGUACUUAAUUUUGUCCGAGAAGAACAUUGUCAGAUAUUCUCCAUCUUCUGAACUGACAUAGGAAUAUUGUUGAAUUUCCACAGAAGCCGGUGUGUCUCCUGCUAACAGGGCCGGCUUCAGGCACCAGCCCAACAAGCAGGUGCUUGGGGUGGCCAACGGUGAGGGGCGGCAGG